CUCGGCAUAUCGCCCGUAGAAACAAUUAAUCGGAGCUAUCUGUAAUAUAAUGAGCUUAUGUAUAAUUGGUGCUGGUACUGCGGGACUUUGCUGUGCCCGCCACUCGCAAUUGCAUGGAUUUCAAAUAACCGUUUUUGAACUUUCUGAACGAAUCGGUGGAACAUGGGUGUACAAUGAGGCAACAAAGGUCAAAAAUGGUAUUGAUGUUCAUUCUUCUAUGUAUGAGAAUUUGCGAACCAAUUUGCCAAAAGAAGUUAUGGGGUUUCCGGACUUUGAAAUACCCGAAAACGACGUUUCUUAUGUAAGAUCAGAUGAAAUUUGUGAUUUUUUAAAUCAGUAUGCGGAUCACUUUAAGUUGAAACAGUAUAUCAAAUUUAAUAGCUAUGUUAUUCGAGUUCUCCAGAAGAAUAAAAAGUGGCAAGUUCUUGUCAAAGAUCUGCUUACUAACCAAAUAGAAUUCCAAUAUUUCGAUAAGAUCAUGGUAGCAAACGGUCAUUACCAUACUCCAAACUAUAUUCGUAUUCCGAACAUGAAUCGUUUUCAGGGCGACUAUUUGCAUAGUCACGACUACAGAACUAGUGGUAUCUUCAAAGGUAAAACUGUACUAGUUAUUGGCGCUGGCCCAAGUGGUAUGGAUCUAUCCAAUAUAAUAUCGAGAUCUGCUGCGAGAGUCUCUCUAAGUCACCAUUUAAGCGACAUUGAAAAUACGAAAUUUUAUGAUAACGUUUAUCAGAAACCGGAUGUGAGAGAGCUUGACGAGAAGGGAGCAUUUUUUGUGGAUGGAUCAUACGAAGAAUUUGAUACCAUCUUCUUUUGCACUGGGUACAAAUAUGCUUUCCCUUUUCUGACAGUAAAUUCUGGUAUAUAUGUUGAGGAAAACUAUGUUCAAGGUCUCUAUAAGCACUGUAUAAAUAUAAGAAACCCUACAAUGGCAUUAAUUGGGCUGCCAUUCUACGUUUGUGCCGCACAAAUGAUGGAUAUCCAAGCCCGAUUUAUUUUGAGCUACUAUAAUGGCUCAAAUCAAUUGCCGUCCAGAGAGGAUAUGCUAAAGGAUACACAAACGAGGAUGUCGAAGCUUUGGGAAGACGGGUACAGGAAACGCCAUGCACAUAUGCUGGGACCUAAACAGAUUCACUAUUUCACAGACUUGGCAGAAACCGCUGGAGUGAAGAAUAUCAAGCCUGUCAUGACAAAGUUACAUAAUGAGAGCAGCAAAUGCUUCAACGAUAACUUGCUCCAUUUCCGUGAAGACAACUUUGCGAUUCUCGAUGAUGAAACGUUUGUCAAAUUAAAUUAGUGCAAUGUUCUUAAAACAAUAAAGUGAACGCGUGAAUGGG